AUGGCACCUUUUAGCCGCAGGAGCUUGGUCUCCGGGAUCGCUGCUGCUUGCCUGCCCUUCGUCGUCGCGGCGUACGCGAACUCUACCUAUAGCAAUGCCGACAUGCUACGGGCGCAACUGGCCCUCAUGGGUGAUCGCCCUGACGGCUGCCCACCAUGCUUCAACUGCCUCUUACCGGCGCAUACGUGUGCUCAAUACGCAGGAUGCAACGAAUAUAAUGGCAAAUGCGACUGCCCGGAUGGUUUUGGGGGCGACGAUUGUCUCGAGCCGCUCUGUGGCUCCCUGGGUCGAGGAAAGGAUAGGCCCAUGCGCUCUGACGAGACGUGCAACUGCGAUGACGGCUGGACCGGUAUCAACUGCAAUGUGUGUACGCAGGAUGAGGCCUGCAAUGCCCUAACGGAGACGGGACACGGCGGUGUCUGCUACCAAAACGGCGAGGUUGUCAAGCACAAUCAUCAAAUAUGCAAGGUCACGAACAAGCAAAUCACCACUCUCCUCGGCAAGCAAAAGCCUGAAGUGACAUUCAGCUGCCAGAAGAGGCAAGGGAAGUGUGAUUUUCAGUUCUGGGUCGACGCCGUUGAAUCGUUCUACUGUCACUUGACUGGCUGCCAGUCUAGCGCGAACUUUGAUGAGACCAAGAACAGCACUUCGUACAAGUGUGACCACAUGAGCUGCAGUUGCAUUCCGGGGCGCAUGCUUUGCGGCAAAGAUGGCUCGGUCGACCUUGGUGACUUCCUCAAGCAAUCGAUUCAGGGCCCGGGCGGAUUCGAAUGCGCCUCGAAAGCGGGCGGAUCCCACGACUGUGCAUUCAGGGAGCCCGAGAUGGACAAGCUCAUCCACCAAUUGAUCGGCGACUCGAGCAUUCUCCUGGAUUGCCGGGCGGGCGAGUGCCUGUAUGAAACCGAGGUGCCGGGUUACAGGCGCCCAGUGAAGCAAAUCAACACGCCGCUUAUCGCCGGUGUGAUUGCGGGCUGCGCUCUAUUUGUCGUUGCCGUCAUCAUACUGACGUGGUUCCUUUCACGCCGCAAACUCAAGUACGGAGCUAUUCGCCUCGACGAUUCCGACGACGAAGGCACCAAGCUCAUGACCGACCAUAAACCAGCGGCAUUGUACUUUGAGAAUGUGUCCUACUCGCUCAACGGCAAGAAAAUACUCUCUCGUGUUCAAGGCAUCAGCCUCCCGGGCGAGGUGAUGGCCAUCAUGGGUGCUUCUGGCGCCGGGAAAACGACGUUUCUCGAUAUUUUAGCCCGCAAGAACAAACGUGGUCAAGUCUCUGGCGACUUCUAUGUCAACGGCGAAAAGGUCAGUGAUAAUGAAUUCAGAAACGUCGUUGGAUUUGUCGACCAGGAGGACACCAUGCUCCCGACGCUCACAGUUCACGAAACGAUUCUCAACAGUGCGCUGCUGCGACUGCCGCGAGACAUGAGCCGUGCUUCCAAGGAGCAGAGAGUGUUUGAAGUGGAAAAAGAGUUGGGCAUCUACCACAUUCGCGACUCGCUCAUAGGUUCUGAGGAAGGCAAGGGCCGCGGGAUUUCCGGUGGUGAGAAGCGACGCGUUGGCAUUGCCUGCGAGCUUGUCACGAGUCCUUCCAUUCUGUUUCUGGAUGAACCCACGAGCGGACUGGACUCUUUCAAUGCCUACAACGUCGUCGAGUGCCUUGUCACACUGGCCAAGAGCUACAAGAGAACCGUUAUCUUCACCAUUCACCAACCGCGAUCCAACAUCGUGGCGCUUUUUGACAGGCUCUUACUCCUGGCCAAGGGGAAAACUGUCUACUCCGGGCCCUUUUCGCAAUGCCAAGCAUACUUCGAUACUAUCGGAUACGAAUGCCCGCCCGGGUUCAACAUCGCCGAUUACCUCGUCGACCUCACCAUGCAUGCUGGGAGCAGCGUAGCCUUUGACGACGGGGCUGUCGUAGCUGAUGCUGCCAGCGUGGGCCCGAGCAGCACAAAGGCAGUCAAGUCGAUAGCCAGCAUCUCUGGGACAAGUACGGGGGAGGACAGCAACGCCGAGCCAUACACGUCUCCACGGCCGAAAAACUGGCGUCGUGAUUCGGUCAAGAUGCGGCAGGAGCGAGAGUUAUUCACGCGCAGGAAGCAAGCGAUAGACACCGCCGCCUCGUCGGACGCCGGGGGCGAGGAGGCGCCGGAAGACCCCCACGAUCUACCACCGUCGGCAGUCACUGGCACUGAUUUAGACAUUAUGACGCAGUCCUUCGCCCGCUCCGACAUUGCCAGCAGCACGCGCGAGGAGAUCAGGCAGGCUGUUUCUACGGCCGAAGAAGCCAACAGGCCAAACUCCCGUUAUGAUCCCGAGGGUCCCCACGUCGACGUCAACACGAGCGCUGUAGGGAAGGGCUACGCUCGCAUCGGCUACUUUCGCCAGUUCCUGAUCCUCUCAGUGAGAACAUGGAAGAACCUGUACCGGAACCCGAUGCUCAUGCUUACCCACUAUGCCAUCGCCAUCAUCUUGGCGGUCUUUUCCGGAUAUUUGUUCUACGGACUCACGGACGAUAUCCCUGGCUUUCAGAACCGCCUGGGCCUCUUCUUCUUCCUUCUAGCUCUGUUCGGCUUCAGCACGCUUACAAGUCUCAACGUCUUUGCGACUGAGCGCCUCCUCUUCGUGCGCGAGCGGGCCAACGGAUACUACGCCCCUGCCACGUACUUCACGGCCAAGGUCCUCUUUGACAUAAUCCCGCUGAGAAUCAUUCCUCCGAUUCUCAUGGGAUCCAUUAUAUAUCCCAUGACCGGUUUGGUCCCCGAUUCAGCCCACUUCUUCAAAUUCAUGCUGGUCCUGGUGCUGUUCAACUUGGCCGCCGCGGCCAUAUGUCUCUUCAUCGGGAUUGUGUGCAAAGACGGAAGUGUCGCCAACUUGAUUGGAAGCUUGGUGAUGUUGUUCAGUCUCCUCUUUGCCGGAUUCCUGCUCAACCACGACGCCACACCUGCCGGAGCACUAUGGCUGCAGACCCUGUCCAUCUUUCACUAUGGUUUCGAGUCUCUCAUCGUCAACGAAGUGGUGGAGCUCACCCUUGUCGACAAGAAGUAUGGACUGGACAUCACCGUUCCGGGCGCCGCCAUUCUCAGUUCUUUUGGAUUCGACAAUAGCGCACUUUGGGCCGACAUUCGAAAUCUCGGCAUCUUUGCUCUCUCAUUCAUCAUUCUAGCGUACGCAGCCAUGCAUGUUCUCCUUGUUGAGAAGCGAUAG